GCCACAGUCAGCUUUGGGAGCGCCUAUCCCAAGCUACUCGGCCUGUGAAUUUGCCUGGUGUCAAUUUGGUCUUUCACUGCAAAAUGACAGAAAAAGGACUUACAGAUGAGGCUGUGUCCGCAGCGUGCAAAGAAGGGGACCCUAUCACCCAGAGUUGCAAGCUGAGAACAUAGCUGAGAAGUAAGGGGGUCAAGACAUAUUUUGCAAGCAACAACUCGUCCCGACACUCCCCCUUCUUCUCUCUGUCUCCCUCUGUCCCUCCCCAGGAUUACAUGUUGCAGCAAACUAUGCUGAGGGUGAAAGACCCACUCAAGUCUUUAGACUUCUACACACGCAUCAUGGGCAUGACGUUGCUUCAGAAAAUAGACUUCCCAUCAAUGUGCUUCACACUCUACUUCCUGGGUUAUGAGGAAAAGAAGGAAAUCCCUGCAGACAUAAAGGACAAAACAGCAUGGACUUUCUCCCGACGAGCCACCAUUGAACUCACACACAACUGGGGCUCUGAAUCAGAUGAAAAUCUAUCUUAUCACAACGGAAACGCUGAGCCAAAAGGUUUUGGGCACAUCGGAAUUGCUGUACCUGAUGUUUAUGCAGCCUGCAAAGUAUUUGAAGAAAAAGGAGUAACAUUUGUUAAGAAGCCAGAUGAUGGUAAAAUGAAGGGACUGGCCUUUAUACAGGAUCCUGAUGGAUACUGGAUUGAGAUUUUGAGUCCAAACAACAUGUUCACCGUAACGUCAUCCAAGCGUCAAACUGAGAUAGUACAAACUGACUUGGUCAGAAAAAGGAUGUGAUGAAAAAGUAAGAGAGAAAUUGGAGGAACCAAAGGGAUGUGAGGAAAUUAAGAGGUGAAGAUUGAGUAUUUGCUUACGAUUGGGAUCACAUACAGAUACCCGCUGAAGGCCUACUUAAAAUAACAAUAGCGGAAGUAUAUUUUAAUAUUUUACAAAUACACUGACGUAUACUUAAAUAUACUACAAGUUCAUAUAAUAUACUGCAAAUACGAGAUAUACUUUUCUAGUAUAUCUUAGGUGUACUAUACAUAUUAUAUCAUUACACUUCAAUCCAAUUUUUACAAGUGUACUUAAAAUGCAUUGAUUUUCAGUCUUUAAACUAUAUGUUACCUAUCAUUACACUUAACACACUUAUUACAAUUGUAUUUUUAAUUAAUUGUUUUCAGUGUUUUAUUAUACUAUAUGUUCAUUAUCAUUACACUUAAACACACUUACAAAUACUUCAUAUACUUUAAUUGUACUUUAGUAUAUUCAUUAAAAAUACACUUAGAGUUGUUUUUAA